GGCGAUGCGCGGCUGUCGGUGGCCCUGAUGGACAAUGACUGGCACGAGUACCGUGAGAAUGGGUAUGAAAGGCUGCGGCCGUCGACGGCCAACAAGAGGGUGCCGGCUCUGAUAGAGGGCUACGUGCUGAUAUCACAAUUCUCGGUAUGGAUUGCACAUGACAGAGGGGGGGGCGCGGCACGUGUGUCUGUCUGCAUUGGUGUGUGCGCCUUGGCUGUUGAUUUCUCCCUCUCAGAGCUGCUUACGGAGGCCGACCGCACCGACCUCGAGCAGCAGCAGCCACCAUCGCCGGACCCAGAGCCCUCAUCGGGCUCGGCUUCCGCUGAGGAGGCGACGCUCUCCGAGGCUGACAAGCAACGUAAGAUGACCAGCCAGCCGCCAGACAGACAGAGAGACGGCUGUUCAUUCGGCAAGCAACACACCUGUGUGUGUGUGUCUGUCCGAUAUGGCUCAGUGGAGGAGAUGCUCAGGGAGAUGCGGGAAAAGCACGAGCGCAGGAUGGCCGACAUUCGGGCCAGUGUGCCAGCCUUUAUGCUCCGUGCCCUGCAGCCUCCGCCCGCAGAGGCGGACAGUGGCGACGAGGGAGAGGAGAAGCGGGAGAUGGAGAGGCAGCCGGGGCCGGCCGAGGUGUGGGACGGGGAGGUGACCCUCCUCGACAUCUUCCACAUACGCGCCGGCCUCUUGCGCGACCCAUGCCUGCCGAAGGCCACCAAGCGGCGUCUGCCGGUGAUCGCCCAGACCCUCCGCUGCCUGCAGCUGACCCCCGACGCCCAUCGACGGCUGGUCAUCUCGGCGCUGUCGUCCCUGGCUGCCAUCCACGCGGCUGACUGGGUGCACGGCGACACCAACGGCCAUAACAUCAUGGUCGUCUGGGACGCCGUCGCCCGCCGGCUGUGCAGCCAGUGGAUAGACUUUGAGAUGGCCAGACGCCGGGCGGAGACACUGCAGCCGCUGCCCUCGCUGCCACAGACAGUCCAUGACAUCGAACCCGCCCCCGUCCCAGCCCCCCACUCAGACCCCGCCGCCGUGAGGAAGGUGGCAGCCACGAUGGAGGCCGUCAUCGACCGCAGCACCACCCGCAGGACGGCCAGCCCAUCGCCCCCGCCCGCCCUCUACGGCCCCUUCAGCGCGGCCGCAGACGCAUAUGCCGUCUGCUCGCUGGGUUCGGCGGUGUUGAUGGGGCCUCACAUGGACCACCCCUCAGGCAGCGGCAGCAACGGCCACAUCUACGGCGAGGAGGGGGCGUUCUUUGCCGAGAGGAACGACAUCACGCCCCUCUACACCAGACACUUCGCCAAGAAGGUGGUGCGGGAGACGGCGGCCAUGAAGAAGGCCAUCGAUGGGACGGUGCAGCCAAGCGCCGCCGUGCAGGAGUUCUCGCCAAACGGGCCGGCCGAGCGCCAUCAGUGGCUGCGGAGAGACGAGGAGUGUCGAUGAGGGGGAGCGGGGGGCGACCCCUCCCCUAUCGUUGCCUGCAUUUUAUAUUCGGUUGUUUGUGACGGAUAUUCUCGCUGCAUUCACGUGAACUGCUC